AAAAAAAUUAAAAAAUAAUCUAAUUAUGAGAUCGUAAAUUAGCCACGAGGUGCAAUGAUAGAUGCUAUGAAAACUGGGUGAAGUGUACUAUCUAUUUGAUAGGGAGAUAUCCAAAGCAACGAGGAUGACUUAGUGAAGAGUUUUCGCGUAAAACUGGUUAAAGUACAAUACUACGUUAAAUAAAUAAAACUUUUGAUGACAUCGUGGUUCCGUUUUAUAUGUCAACUUAUUUUAUUUUUUUGUGGUGACUCGAAAACAAUUCCGUGAAAUUCACGUUCAGAUUCUCGGCAAAAGUCACAGAUUAUUCAUACAAUUAAACUUUUCCGCAAGAGCCAGUCAGCAAUAAUUUUAAAUUAGAAAUAUGAGUACAACGUUGUGAUUGAUGUGUCUUUUUAUUGGCAGGAACCAUGUAGCCUUGAUCAACAUGUGUCUAGUAUCCAACUUACUUUAAAAGCUUCUCAUGUUUUAAAAAUAGAAUGCAAAACAUUAAGGCGGUUACCCCAGGUUAAACUUACCAUGUUUGUCUGUGCAACCCAAUGCCGUUCUCUUUGUUAUCUUUGUACCUGGAUCGUUUUCUCGGGGAGGAUCAUGCAUUUUUACCUGGUCAUUGUCUGUUUUCUCAUAACCUUCUACAAAGUUAGUUCCUCGGCACGAAUAUGCAACAUCUCAGUCUGUCUCUGUGGUGCAGUUUAUGUCUUAUAUAGAGGGCAGCAAUUUGCCUUUGUCUGUUUCAAGUUAUUUCACCAGUCAUUGUAUUUCACGCUUGAUUCGUCAUUAUUGUCCUAAAAUUAGUCUUGUUGCUGCUUCACCUCCAUGUACAACGGCUUAUUACGCGAGCGCAAAAGUACGAUUUUUCUUCUAUUCUAUCGGCGGCGUGGUUGGAGGGGGGGACGGUGGAUGACUAUAGUGCGGCUAAGAGGGUAUCCACGUGAUUUUUUUUUUGCUCUCCGUAAGUCGGACUACGACCGUUCGAAACUUGAUAGGAACUAGUAUUGAUUCAUGCUAGACUAGUUGAUCGGUUAUAAUCUAAAGUAGCUUUGUGCCUUAAGCAAGGAUUUCCGAAAAUCUUUCCCUUCGUGUUGCAAAUUGUUUGCGGUCCAAGCCCGAAAAUUCCGUGCAAGACACAAAAUCACCACUAAGGCGGAAUUUUGGGUGGAGGCUCCACCGCGAUAUAUUCCUGUGAUUAAAACCUCCACUGUGGCAUUGUGUUUCGGUCAGUUGCAAACCGGUUGUUGAUGUGUGUGAUAUCAGUGCUAGAAUUUAGGGUCUAGCUAGUACCUCGCGGAUGUCUUUAAUGUUAUUUGACAAGGCUGGGAUACUUUUAUUGAUUUAAACUUUUUCAUCUUUCGUUAUGCUGGGGCUUAAAUUCCGCAACGGUUCCGCUUGCAUGUUUUCUUAACUACCAACAAUUUUUUUUUGUCAUGGUACACGUAAUCCAACACUAUUCUUACCAGAUCAAGAAUAAUCUGGAGUAAAUAGGGUAUUCUACUUAUAGAGUCAUAUUACCAGUGCCACUUGAUUAAUUUAUCAUUAUUAACAUAUAAAUUGAGUCAUUCCCUUAUUUAUUGAAAGAAAAACGAACAGCUCUUUAAAAAAAACCCAGCACUCUAAACAUGUCAGACGACCUUACCGCCGACCAACAAGAAGCAGUUGUCCAAUUCAAAUCAAUAACAGGAAUAGAAAAUGAUGAAAACGACGAUAAAGUAUUAAGAUUAUUGGUGAUCCAUGAAUACAAUUUAAACAAUGCCAUAUCCACAUAUUUCGAUAGCGGGUUUGAAAUGGCCGAAACAGCAAAUACGUACAGUUCAGGAGCACAAGUACACCAUGAUGGUCAAUUGCAUAACCGAGAACGUACAGCUAGUCCACCGAGACAUUCUCCUACUCCUCCUGCUCGUGAUAAUAUCAUGAAUCUUCAACAGCAGAUGUUUAUGGAUAACUUAAUGCCGAGAUUUCCUAAAGCGCCAACGAUAUCCAAUGGGUGGCAAUUGGAGGUUGGAAUUCAUACCUCGUUGAUUCAUGAACGUGAAGAGCAACAAAAGAAAUUGUUGGAGAAUGAAGAAGAUUCCGAGUCAACUAUAUCGGUUCCUCCAACGGUGGUGGAUGAAGGAAAAGAAAGGAGAUCGCCAGCAGCUGCUUUGUGGGUUCUAUUACUUAUUCUCCCAAAGACAAUUUGGAAUAUCUUGGUUUCGGCAAUACGGUUUUUGUUUGGGUUGGAUACGACAUCUGGGAGUGGAGAGUCAAGUAAGUUAUCGAGAACAUUCAAUUUUGACAAGUUCCAUCCUAGUUAUAGACUAUUAGAUCAGGUUAAUCUGUGGAUAAAAAAGACGGAGUUGAUAAAAGAUGACGAGACACUUGCCGAAAAGGAAUCGUUCGAGCCAGAAGAUUCCUCCACUUUGGUUGAAUCGAACUUUAACAUAUCUGAAUCAGAUUUCAAUAAUGCACAUCAAAUAUCUCAAAGAGAAUACCACUGGUUAUUAGUAAUCCUUGUGAAUGAUUCAGUUGGAUGUAAACGAUUUGUCCGAGAAUUAUUUGCCAACUCGGGUUUCAAUGAGCUUUUCAAUAAGAAUAGUGGUACAUUUAAAGAAACUCAAAUAUUUAUAAGUAAUGUGGAGAGAAACCGUGAAGCAUUUGAAGUUGCUCAUGUUUAUAAAGUUCGAAGAACUCCAUAUAUCAUGUUGGUUGGAAAUGUGUCUCCCAGUCCUGAUAUCAUGGCUUCAAUGUCGAUAUUGUACAAGUCUAAUUUGUCCACCCCAUUUGUUAGCAAUGAUUACGAAGCCAGGCUAACAGUAAUUAAAAUCAUCAAGAAUGUUAACAAGUUCUUGGAAAAGUUUACACCACAGUUGAUUUCGGCAAGGUACGACCGGCAAGAAAUGGAGUUUUCUCGUAUGAUUAGACAGCAACAAGAUGAUGCGUAUUUGCAAUCACUAGAACAGGAUAGACAAAAGAAGGUCCAACGUGAAAAAGAAGAGAAGGCCAAGCAUGAUUUAGAAAUAUCCUACAAGAUGAGACAAUACUAUUUAUUGAAUUUAGUCAAGUAUGAUUUCUUUUCGAGUGUAACAACCACUGGUGAAGAUGAAGAUAAAUUUAGGAUUGCUGUCAAACUACCAAGUGGGAAGCGUUUAGUUGAAUUUUUCCGCAAGUCGAUCACGAUUAAAGAGUUUUAUAUGUUUAUUGAAUUGAAGUUGUUUGUGGAAGAGCUCUUGGAGACUCAAGGAGCUGAAUUUGAAGAAAUAACUCACAUAAUUGACGAAUUGAUCGCUGAUGUUGGAUUACCACGAUCAUUACAAGAGCAACCACUUACCUUGGAAGAUUAUUGUGUCAAGUACCCAUUUAAGUUUGAGGUUAUUCAACCGUAUCCAAAGAAGGUUAUUGUUGCAAAUGAUGUAAAAAUCAGCGAAGCACCUGACUUUAAAGGGGCAAAUUUCUUGGUGGAGUUUACGUGCGAAGAUGAAGAUGAGGAUGAGGAUGAGGAAGUAGAUGAGGAAAGUGAAAAUUAGGUAGCAUUUAAUAUCAUAUAUUGGUAGAG